CGCUUCUGGAAGUCUUUUCAAACAAACGAUAUGGUGCUCCAGUGUUCAAAUCGCUUAUCAUAUCGCUUAAUAAGAGCAUCUCACUCUACUGGUCCUUCAGCAAUUUCCGGAAACACUGCAUCCGGUGGCUAUAAAACAUGGAAGAAGAUGACAUUUUUCCUAGCAUUCCCAGCGAUUGGGCUGUGCUUCCUGAACGUGUACCUAGAGCACCGGGAAGCCAGGGGCCAUCAUACGCGCCCACCCUUUGUCCCGUACGAGCAUCUUCGCAUACGCAACAAGCGCUUUCCGUGGGGCGAUGGCACCAAGACGUUCUUUCACAAUCCCAAGGUGAACGACCUACCAGAUGGGUACGAGCAGUAAAGGCUUAUGCCCUUUUUUGGGUGCCAUGAAACGGUUAAGAAUUUGAAAUA